AUGUCGAGAUUAAGUGUUUCAGCGCCAGUCCUGCUCUGGUGCUUCGCGAGACAUGCGCUUGCUCAUGGAGACCAUUCUCAGCUUUCGGAUGGCCAGGUCAUAUCAGGGGAUCCGAUCGAUUCGAUAUUAUGGGUACACAUCAUCCUAAUGACCGUUGCGUUCGGCCUUAUUUUCCCCGCUGGUAUGGUGCUGGGUAUCACUCGGUCCCGCUGGCAUGUUCCCGUUCAGAUAGUUGGUAGUGUGAUUGCGUUUGUGGCGUACUUUAUGGGCCAUUUACACAAGGGACGGCAGUUUUCCGAAAAUAUCCAUGCUUCAUUCGCGAAUUCGUUAAUGCUCAUGCUUGCGGUGCAAAUUGUCCUAGGAAUUUAUCUUAAACUUCACUUAUCGCAGGGUAUCCAUGGCAGAAUACGGCCAUAUAUCGUUGGGAGUCAUGGCGUGGUGGGCAAAGUGAUGCCGGUGGUGAGCUGGGUGCAGAUGAUAUUCGGUGGGAUAACAGCUCUAGGAUUCUGUCGUGAAGACCACCUUGGACAAUGCCUUGCGCAUUUCAUAAUGGGCAGUGCGUUUAUCGCGUACGGAAUACUUCUAACAAUUCUUCUCCUUGUCGGCCAAUAUUGGCUUCGCCGAACUGGCCGGAGCCAAGAGUUCUUUGAUUCCCUGGCUAUUGCGAUUUGGGGAUGCAUAAACACCUUUACUGAGCAUCGUUGGGGGCAACCCUGGGCUCACAACGAUGUCGAGCACACAAGCAUGGGUAUUAUUUGGUGGUCUGCUGGAUUGGUUGGCAUUUGGUUGAGCAGGAAGAGAAAUGGCCAGCCGAAAAGAAAUUUGAUCCCCGCCGUUGUGAUUCUGCUCACAGGAUAUGCCAUGUCUUCCCACUCGCAACACCUGCCGAUUAGCACCAUGGUUCACGCUUUUUUCGGCUAUACGCUAAUGGGCGCAGGGGCGGCGAGAAUUGUAGAAAUUUCCUUUGUGUUAAAGGACCGGAGCACCCUUAGCCCAGAUGGAACUGAUCCUAAUAGCUUCCAAUAUAUCACGCCAUUUCUGCUAUAUGCAUCCGGCUUCCUGUUCAUGGGCGCCACAGAGGAACAAUUGGCGCUCAUCUCUAAGGCGGGCGUUUCUCACGUCGCCUAUGUCCUUAUCCUCUACAGCAUCGCAUUCGUCCUAUUCUUGUUUGUCAACAUCCUCAUCCACGUGUAUGCUGUCCAUGCCUGGCCCGAAACUGCCAAAUAUAACGGCGGCAAGCCUUCAUCAUAUUCUCGGCGGCUAUCUGACCGCCGUUCCACCUCCUUGCAUAAUGGUAGUAUCCCCAUGGGAAUGAAUAGCCAUAUUCGUCGCCAGGGUCAAACCCAACAUGUUCACGAUGCAGAGGAAUUUGAGCUAGAAGGCCUUAUAGGCGCGGCUGACAAAGAACGGGGUGACGAUAGUCCCAUCAACACCCCGAUUGCUACCGCCGCCAAAGACCCAGAACGGGCACUAUAA